AUGGUUAUCCAAGUACAGAACCUGAGGUUCCAUGAAGCAAUUGGCGAGACAAUAGCGCUGUCCGUCGGUUCACCCCGCCAUCUACAAACUCUUGGCCUUGUGCAGAAGUCCAUAGAUGACACCGCACACGACAUCAACUUCCUGUUCACACAGGCGAUGGACAAGCUAGCUUUCUUGCCCUUCGCUCUAGUGAUGGAUAGGUGGCGCUGGGACGUCUUCGCUGGUGAUGUCAGGAAAGAACAAUACAACUGCCAUUGGUGGAGACUAAGGGAGCAGUACCAAGGUGUGAAGCCGCCCGUUCUUCGCUCCGAGUUGGACUUCGAUCCGGGUUCAAAGUAUCACAUACCAGCGAACAUACCAUAUAUAAGGUAA